UUUACUUUUUUAGCAUCAAGGUUUUUUUCUUGCACUUCUAUCCAGUCUAAAAAGUCAGGUUUUGUACCUUGGAGAAGGAGAUUGUAAAUGCCUGAGAGUAUGAUAUUUAACUUGAAAAUCUGCUUUGGCUUUUCUUAAAACACCACCUUUAGUAAAGAAUUUUGAUAGCUAGGUAUAUGAGGGUAAAAGAUGGAAGUGAAUUAUGUGCUUACUAAAUUAAUCUAACUGCCUCUUUCAUCAUCUUUGCAAUGAAGUACUACCCAGUGUUAAUUGUCCUCCUGUUAUCUAGCCCUUUUAUCCCAAAGUGAGGGAAUUGAUGAGGAUAGGUGCAUUGUGUUAUGUCUGAUCACAGUUUGACUAGCAUAGUCUGGAAGUGGGUUGUACAGGAUGAGAGCAGCAGCUUAAUUGCUCUCCCUGCAUCAGCAGCAUCUAUAAAGCAUCCUGGGAAUUGCUCGCCCUACGUUCAGAGCAGCUGGUCACAUGAGCCUGGAUUUUCAGUUCAGUUCAUUAGUCAGCCAUUUUGGUCAACACCCUGCUUACUGCGCACAACCAAUCCUAUUAGAACUCAGCAUCCCGGCUCAUCUGAGCAGAUCCUGGAAGUGAUUUCUGCAGUUCAGGAUAUUUUUUAAGCUAAAUUGAAAAUAUUGGUUUAUUUUUGGGGAUUUUUGGGGGGUAUUUUUUUUCCUGCACAAAGGAGGAUUUUUCACUUAUUCAUUCAGAGACCAGUUUUUUAAAGCCAGCUAAGGUGGCAUCGGCUGUGCAACGUUUAAAGCCUAUAGCCCAGCUGAAAAAGGAGGGGGCAGGGAAGAGAAGAUAAAAGGACAGAAGCUAGAGAAAACAGGCAUCAUUUUAUUUUGCUAUGUGGUAGGAACUAUCUAUGAGAAAAGAUAGUAGAGGAUUGCUUGUCUUGAACAGUUGGUUCUUAAACCGUAAGGUAUUUUUCCUUGUGUUUUGUUUUAAUCUCCCCCACCCCUUUUCCUGAGAGCUUUGUUUCAGAGCUUUGGAUUUGGGGUUUUGGGGUAAGGAGGUUUUAUUUAUUUUUGUUGGGGUGAGUGUGUGUGUGUUUGUGUGUGUGUGUUGUGGUCCCAGCUGAGUCAUCAUGUCUGCUCUGACGCCUCCAACUGAUAUGCCAACCCCCACCACUGACAAGAUCACACAGGCUGCCAUGGAGACCAUCUACCUUUGCAAAUUCCGAGUGUCUAUGGAUGGAGAAUGGCUCUGCCUGCGAGAGCUGGAUGACAUCUCACUUACACCUGACCCAGAGCCUACCCAUGAAGACUCUUGGGAGGAUUUGACAGAUUUGGUGGAGCAAAUGCGCGAUGAUACAGAAGAUCCUAAUUAUCUCAUGGCUAACGAACGCAUGAACCUGAUGAACAUGGCCAAGCUGAGUAUCAAGGGCUUGAUUGAAUCAGCUUUGAACCUGGGAAGAACUCUGGACUCAGACUAUGCACCCCUCCAGCAGUUCUUCGUGGUGAUGGAACAUUGCCUGAAACACGGCUUGAAGGCUAAGAAAACUUUUCUUGGACAAAAUAAAUCCUUCUGGGGGCCUCUAGAACUGGUAGAAAAGCUUGUUCCAGAAGCUGCAGAGAUAACAGCAAGUGUUAAAGAUCUUCCAGGACUUAAGACACCAGUAGGCAGAGGAAGAGCCUGGCUUCGUUUGGCAUUAAUGCAAAAGAAACUCUCAGAAUACAUGAAAGCUUUGAUCAAUAAGAAGGAACUUCUCAGCGAAUUCUAUGAACCCAACGCCCUCAUGAUGGAAGAAGAAGGAGCCAUAAUUGCUGGUCUCUUGGUGGGUCUCAACGUCAUUGAUGCCAAUUUCUGUAUGAAAGGAGAAGACUUGGACUCUCAGGUUGGAGUUAUAGAUUUUUCAAUGUAUCUCAAGGAUGGGAACAGCAGUAAAGGUAGUGAAGGAGAUGGCCAAAUUACUGCAAUUCUGGAUCAGAAGAACUAUGUAGAGGAACUCAACAGACAUCUAAAUGCUACUGUAAACAACCUUCAGGCAAAAGUGGAUGCAUUAGAAAAAUCCAACACUAAACUGACAGAGGAGCUUGCAGUUGCAAACAACAGGAUUAUUACCUUGCAAGAAGAAAUGGAACGAGUUAAAGAGGAAAGCUCCUACAUAUUGGAAUCCAAUCGGAAGGGUCCUAAGCAGGACAGAACUUCAGAUGGGCAAGCACUGAGUGAAGCCAGAAAGCAUUUAAAGGAGGAGACACAGUUGCGACUGGAUGUUGAAAAAGAACUGGAGAUCCAGAUCAGCAUGCGACAGGAGAUGGAAUUGGCUAUGAAGAUGCUGGAGAAGGAUGUCUGUGAGAAGCAGGACGCCCUGGUGUCUCUGCGACAGCAGCUGGAUGAUCUCAGGGCUCUCAAGCAUGAACUUGCCUUUAAGCUGCAGAGUUCAGACUUAGGAGUGAAACAGAAAAGCGAAUUAAACAGUCGCUUGGAAGAGAAGACUAAUCAGAUGGCUGCUACCAUCAAACAACUCGAACAAAGUGAAAAGGAUUUGGUGAAACAGGCAAAGACCUUAAAUAGUGCAGCGAAUAAACUGAUCCCCAAACAUCAUUAGGCACUUUGCAAGUGGUCACCUCGCAAGUCUGACGUACGACUUAAUUGUAAAGAAAGAAAUCUGGAAGUUACUACAUUUAGGCUCUGAUUCUACAUAAAAUGUCACCAAAAAUUGACUUUGAAUUUGUUGGGACUUUAAAAAAAAAAGAAAGGAAAAAAAAACCAGUUUGAUAUAUAGGCUGUGGGUUUUUUUCUUUAUUUUCUCCCCAGAGUUAGAAACCUUAGUAUAAGUUCUCAAUUAAUUGCCAAAUAAACUUUGAGAAAUUACUUCUGAGUUGACCGAUAAACACACCAUUUAAAAAACACACACACAAGAAAAGCCUAGGGAAUUAAUUAAAACCCAGUGUGCAGAUUUUAUUGAUGCCUUUACAAGCAGUCCCUGACCAUAUCAGAUUCUAGGUGCAUUGUGUGUACCAGCAAGCCUGCUCGGCCACUGCGACGUAGUGAACAGGAGGUGACAGCGUAUGGACUAGCACUCUCCUAAAAUAGCUCUGUGUCUCCUAGGCCCUGGCCCCUUUCCACUUCUGUUGUGUAGGUUUACUCCCCAAGCCACGGAUAAGUACUUAGCAUCUCACUACAGUUCUAUUCUCAGUAACCAAGAUUGCUUGCAACUUUUUUGCCUUAGUGACUUUGGGGGGGGAGGGGGUGGGAAACCCGCAUCAUUACAUUUCUUUAAAGUACAUAGAGAUAAAGGUAGUGAUUAGGUAACUUAUGAUAACGUAAUAAUGUGGAAGCUUGGAAAACCCUCGUAAUAUUUGUCAUCUUCUACCUCUGCCAUUUUCCUGCAGUGCCACUUCCUAUUUAGGUAGCUCAGAGAGAACAAUUUUAAUGAAAAACUCGUCUAUUAAAAAAAAACAAAACAAAAAAAAACACACAAAAAAAAACACUACACAAUUUUCAAAUCUAUCUUGCUUUUCCUUUUGAAGCAAAGACAACAAGGUAUAGACAUGAGUGAUGGUUCCCCACCUGUCAUUCCUUGCUGGAAACAUUGACUUAAGAGCUUCUAUUACUUUCUGUUCAGAUGGGGAUUUGCUAGUCUCUAGGAAACUAACUAUCUAAUUUUAUUAGAAAACCAUCUCAAGGUAGGAAAUAGAUACAUAAUAAACUCUUUAUUAUUAUUUAGUCUAAAAACAAACAUUCCCAGUAGAUAACCACAAGAGUGAUUAAUUAGCAGGGCUUCUUUUUCUAAGUGACCCCAGAUCUACCCCUUUCUAGCUUUGCAUUGUAAAUAAUCCUAUAAAUACUUGGAUUUUUUUUUUAAUGACUUUUGAUAUGGGGGAACAGGCUGUACAUAAGCCUUCAUUCCUUCAAAAAGUCUUGACAAAAAAAUGUUUUUUUCUCAUUUUGGUAUGAUUUGCAGCAUUUCAGCUGCUUAGGUGGGAACAAAGAUAACCCCCCUUUGCUUCCAGCUUUUGAAACUCUUUACCUUCUUCUUGGAAAAACCAGAAUUAAGAGAGUAAGAUAGAUUUCACUUGUGCUUCUAUAGGUCCUUACAGACUUGAACCAAAGUCAAGUCAAAGAGCAUAUGACUAACCUCAUGGAAUAUCCUGUGCUCUUGAACUUAUUUUAGUUCUUAUAAUUUUGCACCUGUUCUUAUCUUCAUCAACCUUUUGUGGUGAUGAAUUGCCUUUUCUAUGAGCAUUUGGGAGGAGUGCUCAAACACUAAAAUAAAACAUUUUAAAGACUACAGAUAGCAUGCUUUCAAAUUCUAUUAUAUAGAGCCCCAGAGGUUUCACCUUUUAGAACAUGCUUCUUUAUAGGUGCAAAGUUAUGGGAUAUAUAGAAGAAAACAUUCAUUAGAAUUCUCCAGAGAAUACGAUCAGGAAUCUUACAUAGGCCCGGUGCUGAGUUGUUUGUCCACUUAGUCACACACAACCUGGUGGGAAUGGAAAAGGAAAGAGAUGGCCAAACUCUGGCAAAGGCUUUUCCUUAUAGAAACAGCCGAAAAGCCUUGGUAAGGGUUAAUGUGUAAUGUCCGUGAUUUAAUAUAAUUUGUGGUUUAGGGAAAGGACCAGGAACAUGUUCUAAUUCCACAUAUAAUAAGGUAGUUGCCCAUUUGCAAGUUCCAGUUAUGUGUGUAAAGCAGAAAUAUGAAGUACCAAACCUAUUAGGAAAUAAACACAAACAAAAGGUGGAUUUGACUUUAAUUACUGUGUACUUGAGGUUGGCUUUGGAUAUGGAUUUUCUAAAAAGUGAUGUUUUAUUGUUUAUCAUCUAAUGGCUGUAAACUGUAGUACUAGAAUAAAAAAAAUUGGAAAA